CGGGGCAUUCAAUAUCGAACUCUCUAUACAACAUUCUACCUACUACAUCAGCCUUACAUGCUCAUCAGUUAGUUCAGUCAGUAUCAGUAGAUACAGAAACUUUGCCGGUUCUGGAGGGCUUCAUUUUUUCAUAUAUUGGUUCAUUUUGGUUCUUCUUUCUUCGGUUUGGUUUUUUUUUUUGCGGGUGCCCUUGUUUAAUAGAUAGUUUUUUAAGUGUCUUUAUUCAUUGUCAUCAAUUCAAUUCAUAAUCAAUUGUCAAUAAAUCCUUAUUAAGCUUUUUUUUGAAUUCCUUAUUACAAUUGCCUUGAGCUCAAGUGCGUAAAGGUUUCAUAACUUUGUGAAAUAAGCUUAAAAAACUCAAAGACGUGAACGCGCAAAUUCUAUGUAAAAGUUGACAUCAUAUUAAUUUAGUGUCAACACAUAUUUUUUUUGUAUUGUGAUUCCCACCAUUCCCGCAUAUUAAAUUUAUUGAAGAACAAUCACCGUGAAACGAGAGCCAGCUGAGAGGAAAACUACCCUAGGCAGAGUUGCCACAAGUUGCAAUAUAACCAACAUUCCAUCAUAAUCAUCAUCUUGAUCAUAAUAUCGUUAUUUAUUUUCAUUUGAACAAGAGUGACGUGUGGCGGGAAGGAAACAAAAAAAAACGAUUUAAAAUGGCAGUCCAUGUUGACACAUCAUUCAUUCCAGACAUGCCGGCUGGACCACUCUGUGUUUAUAGAAAACGGUCCAAAUUCGACUGGAAGCGAUUGCGUUUAAUCUUUGAAACUGAAAGUAAUUUACGAAUAAAGCUAAAAGUAUGGAAAAUUCUUGAAAAUGAUCCACUAUUUGCCAAGUCUACAAUUACACUGCCUACAGAUGAACAAAAGCGCCUUUGUGCAAUGCAAAUGAAUAAAAUGGCACACUUGCAAAUUGUACCAAAAGAAAUUGAAAAACAAAGUUUUUCCGAUCGUACCAAAUAUUUGAUGAGCAUCAAUGAAGCCCUGCACACCUAUUCGCCAAGUUUAUCGGUAAAAAUUGCUUUGGGUGUUGGUUUAUUCAAUAAUGCCAUUCGAGCAAUGGGUACAGAAAAACACAUGAAAUAUUAUGAUGCAGCUUGGAAUCGUGAGAUUGUAACUUGUCUAGCUAUCACAGAAGUUGCUCAUGGGAGCAAUACAAAAAGUAUUAGAACAACAGCCACAUACGAUCCCAUAACACAGGAAUUCGUUAUAAACACUCCCGAUUUCGAGGCAGCUAAAUGCUGGGUUGGAAAUCUGGGAAAGACAGCAACAUAUGCUAUGACUUUUGCUAAUUUAUACACAAACGAUGGCACCAAUCAUGGAUUGCAUGGAUUUAUGAUUCCGGUGCGUGAUCCAAGAACGUUGCAGCCAUAUCCAGGGGUUUUGGUAGGUGAUAUGGGUGAAAAGAUUGGCUUAAAUGGAAUAGACAAUGGAUUUAUGAUGUUUACCAAUUAUCGCAUUCCAAGGGAUAAUUUAUUAAAUCGAACUGGGGACAUAAGCGCCGAGGGAACUUAUGAAAGUGUAUUUAGUGAGCCGGGUAAGGUUUUGGGAGCUGCUCUGGAGUCAUUUUCUGCGGGCAGAAUUGGAAUAAUGCAGGAGUCUGUAAACACUUUGUCAAAUGCGGCUGUGAUAGCUGUGAGAUAUGCAGCACUAAGAAAGCAAUUUGGAUAUGAAAAAGAUGGCCCGGAAAUUCCAAUAAUAGAGUAUCAAUUGCAUCAAUGGAGAAUAUUCCCGUAUUUGGCAGCAGCUUGUGUGCUAAAAGUUGCAACUGCUGAGCUAACAAGUAUGUAUUUGGACGUUAUUCAGAGGUCUCAGGCUGAUUCGAAUGGAUUUGAUUUGUUGACUCAAAAAGUAGCAGAAAUCCAUGCAAUCAUAUCAUCGUCCAAAGCUCUAAUAACAUGGACUGCUCGAGAUGCCAUACAAGAAGCUAGAGAAGCUUGCGGUGGUCAUGGAUAUCUUAAAGCUGCUAAAUUAGGUGAUCUCCGAAACGAUCAUGAUCCAAGUUGUACGUAUGAGGGAGACAAUAAUGUUCUCGGGCAGCAAGCAUCAAAUUGGCUCCUUCGUCAAUGGAAAGAUAAAGUUGAAAGUCCCGAGGGAACAGCGAACUUUAUAAACCAACGUGAACGUAUUCUUUCAGAGAAUUUUGAAGAUGUAUUAAAUAAAUACAAUAUAGAUUCUAUGGAAUUUGUUCUCUGUUCUUAUGAAUGGCUUCUUUGUUUCCUUUUGGACAAAACAACAAAUCAAAUGAAAAGUCAAGUCAAAUCUGGAAAACAUCGAUUCGAUGCUAGAAACAAUUCUCAAGUCUAUGCAGCUCGUGAUCUAUGGAAGACUUAUGCUGAGUACUUUGCUUUGAAAAAAUUCUAUGAACGCUGCCAAAGACCUGAUGUUACACCAGAACUUAAGGAAGUUCUGCAUCUACUCUUUGCCAUCUAUUCCCUUUCGUGCCUUGACAAACAUUUGACGACAUUUUAUCAAGGCGGCUUUGCUAGAAGUAAUAAUUCAAAUCUAGCCGAUCUAAUACGUGGGCAAUUGCUAGUCAAAUGUGGUCAGAUUAAAGAUUCAGCUGUAUCUGUUGCUGAUGCUCUUGCUCCUCCAGAUUUUGCCUUAAAUUCUGUUAUUGGUAAAUCGGAUGGGUUACUUUAUGAAAAUUUACAAAGCGAAUUCAUGACAAACCGAGGAGCAUUUGAAAGACCUACUUGGUGGAAGGACGUUAUUAUUCCCAAUGUUAAGUCAAAGUUAUAAAAUCAAUGCGUUUGCAAAAAAAAAAUCUUUCUCUGCCUUUAAAUUUAUAUUAUGUAUUAAACUAUCUACUUAUAUAUUUUUGUAUUUUCCAAAUAAUAUGUGGAUUUAAGCAAAUAAAUGUGUUAUUUUGUCAUAAAAAAAAAAAUUAAAAGUUAUGGUAAAUUAUACCUGAUUGGAAGUUGUAGAUAAUGAUAUAUAAAUGUUAAAUCAUUACCAGUUAAAAUCCAGUAAAAAAAUAAAACUAGAAACACACAAAAGAUGUAUCUUUGUAUUUUGUACACAUAAAAAAAAAUAUACGUACCUAUUUACUUCUUUAUUUGUUUCAAUUUGUAUUGUUAAUAAAUAAAAAAUAUAUUAAAAUUUUAA